CCAAAAUGGCACGGCCUAUAGAAGGUUUCGCUUCCGAUCGCGGCAUCCGCUCGCUCAAUCUUGAGCUCCGCAAGCUCCAAGAAGAUCCCCGGCGUGCUACUUCCUCCUAUGUACGCAUCAUCCGCACCAUGCAUGGGAAAUUGCUGCAUUUGUCGGCCGAGAAUAUCGAUAUAAAGGAAGAACUAGACAUGACCAAAGAAGCUGCGCGCAUGCUCAAUGAUAAGCUGGCAGAACAAUAUAGGCUCCAGGCUUUAAAGGAAGCCGAGAAAAACAAACAGUCGCAGAGGCCAAUGCACUACGAUCAAAACUGGAGACAGCUAGGCAGAAGAACCAUGCGCAAGCGGGUCUUAUCAAGCAGCUGCACAGGUAUGCCAUCGAUCAUACGACUCCGGUAGAAGUCAUUGAGUCGAGGAAGACCCAAGACAUGUAAGCAAUCUGCCU